GAGCAGAGCCCUAGACUUGGAAAACACUUGCAAUUCAUAUGGACACACUGACAUUUUGUUGUAAGCCAAGAACUGUAGUUGUUCUGUUGAAGAGUUUCACUGUUACGAUGCUUCAGAAAAGAGGUCAACGACUUGAGGGCCCAAUUCUACUUCUGGAAGAUGAAUGAGACACUCACUGUCAUCUUCAGAGUAAAUAAGACAGAGGACAUCAAGCAGCAACUGUGUUUCUUGGAUAAAAUGUAUCUCCCAGCAGGUCUAUUCACCAAAGUAGUUUGGACCUAAGAACUAGAAUAGGGAAACAACAAUAAUAAUGGAGCCUCGUUUGCAAGCCACUCUGCCAAAUUAAUAUGCGAGGCUUGCUGGAGCUGGGGAUACCCACUGCCUGUCCAGAGGAGUGCUUGGAGGAACGUGGCUUCAUCUCCCUCUUGUGGAAAAUUAUCGUAACUAAAUUCUCGUGAUACUAACGAAGAGAAGUCCAGCAUCAGCAAACAAAUGAUGGCAGCAGUUACUGUGCCACCUGAUGCUCUUGUUGGCCCUCAAUUAAAUGAAGAGAUGGACUCUCUGAUCGUACUGCAUUAUAAUUACACAGGAAAGUUUAUUUUAAGGGAAAAGGCAACUGAUAAUAUAGAUCUUCCCACUAUUGCAUUUCUGAUCCUAUGUAGUUUCAUAGUCCUGGAAAACCUGAUGGUGUUGAUUGCCAUAUGGAAAAACAAUAAAUUUCACAAUCGCAUGUACUUUUUUAUUGGCAAUCUAGCUCUCUGCGAUCUUUUAGCUGGGAUUGUUUACAAAGUAAACAUUCUUAUGUCUGGGAAGAAAACACUGAGUCUGUCCUCUACAAUCUGGUUCAUUAGGGAAGGCAGCAUGUUUGUGGCCCUGGGAGCCUCCACUUUCAGCUUACUAGCAAUAGCUAUUGAGCGGCAUUUGACCAUGAUUAAAAUGAGGCCUUACGAUGCAAAUAAAAAAUACAGAGUGUUCCUUCUCAUUGGUACCUGCUGGCUUAUUUCAAUUUCCUUGGGUGCCUUACCCAUCCUUGGCUGGAACUGUAUAAGCAACUUACCCGAUUGCUCAACAAUUUUGCCACUGUACUCUAAGAAGUAUGUUGUGUUCUGCAUUAGUAUCUUCAUAGCCAUUUUGGUUGCCAUUGUCAUCCUUUAUGCCCGUAUCUACAUCCUGGUAAAGUCCAGCAGUCGUAAUGUCACUAACCACAAUAACUCGGAGCGGUCCAUGGCACUCCUUAGGACUGUCGUGAUCGUUGUUAGUGUCUUCAUUGCCUGUUGGUCUCCGCUGUUCCUUCUGUUCCUCAUUGAUGUGGCCUGCAGAGUCAAGGAGUGCUCUAUCUUGUACAAAGCCAACUGGUUUAUUGCUCUGGCAGUCAUCAAUUCUGCAAUGAACCCCAUCAUCUACACUCUGGCCAGUAAGGAAAUGCGUCGGGCAUUCUUUCGCCUUGUUUGUGGCUGCCUGGUGAAAUCCAAGGUGGCCAGAUCUUUGCCCAUUCAGCCCACACCAGAUCACAGUCGAAGUAAAUCCAGCAGCAGCAAUACCCAGAAGCCAAAAGAGGAUUUCCCACAGAUGAAUGUUCCCUCAUGUAUCGCUGAGAAAAAUGAAUCUUCAUUUCACAAUGGAAACUUCUGUAAAUAAAGAACU